CAAACUUUGCCAUCAGAAGCCCUUAGAUCUGAAAGAUGAUAACACUGAAAUUCACUGUCCUGUUACAGUAAAUCCAUGGCACAUGAAGAAAGCUUUUAAAGUUAUGAAUGAAUUAAGAAGUCAAAACUUGCUGUGCGAUGUGACGAUAGUAGCUGAAGACAUGGAAAUUGCAGCGCAUAGAGUUGUGCUGGCCGCCUGCAGCCCGUACUUCCAUGCCAUGUUUACAGGUGAGAUGAGUGAAAGCAGAGCAAAGCGAGUUCGAAUAAAGGAAGUUGAUGGCUGGACUCUAAGGAUGCUUAUUGAUUAUAUUUACACUGCUGAAAUUCAAGUUACAGAAGAAAACGUGCAGGUACUGCUACCAGCAGCUGGUCUUUUGCAGCUGCAGGAUGUGAAAAGGACUUGCUGUGAAUUUUUGGAGUCCCAGCUUCAUCCUAUCAACUGCUUGGGAAUUCGCGCUUUUGCUGACAUGCAUGCAUGCACAGAUCUCUUGAACAAGGCCAACACAUAUGCAGAACAGCACUUUUCUGAUGUCGUACUUAGUGAAGAAUACCUCAAUCUUGGUGUAGAGCAGGUGUGCAGUCUUAUAUCCAGUGACAAACUCACGAUUGUCUCAGAAGAGAAGGUAUUUGAAGCAGUGAUAGCGUGGGUUAACCAUGACAAAGAUGUAAGGCAGGAGCUAAUGGCACGCCUGAUGGAGCAUGUUCGGCUGCCUUUGCUUUCCCGGGAAUAUUUAGUUCAGAGAGUUGAAGAGGAAAUAUUGGUUAAAAACAGCAGCGCUUGUAAAGAUUACCUCAUUGAAGCUAUGAAGUAUCACUUGCUGCCGACUGAACAACGAGCACUGAUGAAAAGCACUCGAACGAAAUUGAGAACACCCGCUAGCCUUCCAAAAUUGAUGAUGGUAGUUGGAGGGCAGGCACCAAAGGCAAUUCGCAGUGUUGAAUGCUAUGAUUUUAAAGAAGAACGCUGGCAUCAGGUGGCUGAAUUGCCUUCCAGAAGAUGUAGAGCAGGCAUGGUGUACAUGGGAGGUAUGGUUUAUGCUGUUGGUGGUUUCAAUGGUUCAUUGAGAGUUCGCACAGUAGAUUCCUAUGAUCCAGUGAAGGACCAGUGGUCAAGUGUUGCAAAUAUGCAAGACCGGAGAAGCACACUGGGAGCAGCUGUAUUAAAUGGCCUUCUUUAUGCUGUGGGAGGAUUUGAUGGGAGUACAGGUUUAUCAUCAGUCGAAGUUUACAACUUAAAGACUAAUGAGUGGUUUCAUGUAGCUCCAAUGAACACAAGAAGAAGUAGUGUUGGUGUAGGCGUUGUUGGAGGUAAACUGUAUGCUGUUGGUGGCUAUGAUGGGGCGUCACGUCAGUGCCUUAGUUCAGUAGAAUGCUAUGAUGCUAAUACAAACGAGUGGACCUAUGUUGCAGAAAUGAGCACUAGACGGAGUGGAGCAGGUGUUGGUGUGUUAAACAAUUUACUCUAUGCAGUCGGUGGUCACGACGGUCCUUUGGUAAGAAAAAGUGUUGAAGUGUUUGAUCCUGUCGCCACUACGUGGAAGCAGGUUGCAGACAUGAACAUGUGCAGAAGGAACGCAGGUGUUUGUGCUGUAAAUGGUCUCUUGUAUGUAGUUGGAGGCGAUGAUGGUUCCUGUAAUCUAUCAACAGUGGAAUAUUAUAAUCCAACAACUGAUAAAUGGACAGUUGUGUCUUCUUGUAUGAGUACAGGAAGAAGCUAUGCAGGUAAUGUAUAUAGAUAUUUUUAA